AUCAGAAGCUCAGUUCUGCCUUAGGCUUUGGACAGCUCCGCUCCAGCUCCACUUCAGCCGGAGGGCUCGCAGCUCAGCAACAGAAUGCUGAGGUUGUAGGCGAUGCGGAUGCUGUAAAGAAGCGUCCGACGGGUAUUCUUCCCCACUGAAGGCGUACUUAUAUGGUAGCGGUCAACGCAUCUCAAAAAGUUCAUUAGCGCCUUGUUUUUUGGUUCGAAACAGAACAGCACACAAACCCAGUGACAGGAUUUGUCACCAAAUCUGCAAGAUGGAGAGCCCAGCACCAGGAAAAGAUCCUGCAAACAGCAAAGCUUCAGACUCUGAAGCAGCCAAUGCGCUGAAACAGAUGGAAAAGAUGGCUCUUUUCAUGAAGCCUGAAGAUAUGCCGGAAGAUCCUUCUCAAAAUGAUGACUUGGCUGCCAUUCAGGCCCUCAUAUAUGAUGACCAGACGCCUGAAGAGAUUGCUGAGAACUUCAAGGAUCAGGGCAACCAUGCUUUGACAAAACAUAAGCGGUUCAUACCCGACGCUGUCAAGUUUUACACACAAGCGAUCGACCAAAAGGUCGAAGACCCAGUCAGAAACUCCAUCUACUAUGCCAACAGAAGUCACGCAAACCUUCUCCUUGGAAACUAUCGGAGGGCUUUACAAGACAGCCAAGAAGCUGUACGCCUUAAUCCAGACAAUAUAAAGGCGUACUUUCGAGCUGCAAAGGCCGCCUUCAAUUUAGGGGAAUACGACGAAGCGGUUCAGCAAGCUAUGGCUGGCUUAGAAAAAGACCCAGAAAAUGAGGAACUUCGGAAGUGGAAAGAAAAAGCAGAGAAAGAAGUUGCUGUCACAAGAGCGCGGCGAGAUCGAGAAGCUAAGGCCUUGGCUGACUCGCAGCGUCUAGCCAAGGCCCUAGUGGAACGCGAAGUGAAAGUGGGGCCGCCUGCGUACAAGCAACAGAGGGGCGGGAAGGUGCCUUGGAUCGACGAAAGCAACCUGAUCCACUGGCCGGUUCUCUUCGUCUACGGCGAGACGAUGGUGACGGACUUCAUCGAGGACUUCAUGGAGACGGACAACUUCCGUUUCCAUCUCGACGACAUGUUUGGGGACGGAGCCCCUCCGCUUGCGUGGGACCAACGGCGGGAGUACACCCGAGAUCGAGUGCAGCUCUAUUACCAGGAAAACGCUAUGAAGCCGUUGCCCCAGACGAGGUGGCCAGAGGUGUUCCUGUCAGACCCGGGGGCAACAGCGGCUGCCGAAACAGUCGAAGACGCUGCCACAUCUACUUCUUUUGUGACGCAUCCGGAAGACAGGAGGUGGAGGAGAAUUGAGGAGCAAGAUACUCUGGGGGCAAUCUUGGCACGGCCUGGCCACGUGAUCCCAGGCAUCCCAGUGUUCUACGUCACGUCUGAAAACAGCUCCUUCGCCAGUCGGAUGUCAAAUGGUCAAUGGGUGCCACCCUAGUGUACCCCUAAGCGGAAUAUGACAGCUCGUAAGCUUCCUUAGUGUCUACAUAUUACUCAGGAAGACGGUUAGCUUUGACAAUCUUUACAGAAAGAGGCCUUAAUCCUGAUUACCUUAUUUCUUUGUUCGUUAACGCUCUCAGACGAACUCUGAUGGAAGUAGCCUUGACUCAUUGAAAGCACUAUAAGCGCAUGUGAGCAAGAGCAACGGCAGGUCUUCAUUGACUUGAGCAGGUUGUCGAAAGCUUUUUUUUUGCAUGCGGGAGACAAUCCUUGCGGCUCAAAAAAGAAAGGGCAGAACGUCCAACGGACGUCCAAUCGAGCCAUAUCAAUGAUUCAACUGGGUGGCAAUUGUUGGGCUGCACAGUGCCCCUGAAGAACUUGUCCUCUGUUUGAUUCCAAGAUGGAAGCAGUCAUCUCCCCGCCCUAUACUCAGAUAUGUUGCAACGAGUCUCUUGAUCACC